AUGGAAAGAAAGUGGUUCAAUUCAAUGUUGUUUAAUAGGGAUUUAGAAUAUAGGUGUGGUUUAAGUAAAUCAAUAGAUAGUUUUGAUCCUAUUGAAAAUAACGGUGUAAAUGAAGACCCGUCUAUUUUAACUGAUAUGGAUAAUGACAUUCAUAGUUGGAAGAACAAUAGUGAAAAUGAUAGUUACAACCAUGGUGAUUAUUUAGUAGAUGUCAGCAACAUACAAAAUUUCCUAUCUGAUAAAACUUUUUUAGUUAGGGAUAGUAAUAGGAAUAGUUAUUCCAUAGAUUUUGCUAUUGAAAAUCAAAUUUUGGAGAUUGACAAUAAUCAUUCUUUUUUUAAUGAACCAGAAAGUUUUUUUGCUAGUUAUCAAAAUUAUAGCUAUAUGACAAAUGUCUCUAAGAGUAAUGAUCCUAAUUACAUAGAUGAUACUCAAUGUAAUUGGAUUAAGAACAUUAAUAGUUGGAUUGAGAGUUAUCUUUGUUAUCAAAUCUGUAUUGCUAGUUACAUUUUAAAUGAUAGUGACAACUACAAUGCCAAUAUCAAUGACUUGAAUAGUUACAUUUCCGAUGAUACAAAUGAUAGUGAUUUGUAUCAAAUAGAAAAUUCUAAUGAUACACAUGAUAGUGAUUUGUAUCAAAUAGAAAAUUCUAAUGAUACAAAUGAUAGUGAUUUGUAUCAAAUAAAAAAUUCUAAUGAUACAAAUGAUAGUGAUUUUACUCCAAUAGAAAAUUCUAAUGAUACAAAUGAUAGUGAUUUUACUCCAAUAGAAAAUUCUAAUGAUACAAAUGAUAGUGAUUUUACUCCAAUAGAAUAUUCUAAUGAUACAAAUAAUAGUAAAUUUACUCCAAUACAAUAUGUUGAUGAUCCAAAAGAUACUUCUUAUACUCAACAAUUAAAGCAUUUAUGGGUUCAAUGCGAAAGUUGCUUUGGAUUAAAUUAUAAGAAAUUUUUUUAA